CCGAGCGGCCGCGCUGCAGAGAGGGGGGCGGAACCCCAGCUUGGCUUAGCUCUGGAGGAGAGGGGCGGGGCUCCCCAGGCCACCCCAGCCCCAGCAGCACCAGAUCCCGCUGCGGGGGAACGAAGCUGGGAGUCCCCUGGAAAGGGAGAGGGAGAUUUUUAGGGGUUUGGGGGAGCGGAGGCAGAAUUACAUAGGGCAUAGGAGGACACAGGGAGAAACCCGAAGGGAAAGAUUUGCGGGGAGUCAAAGAGAGACCCAGGGGUAGAGAAACGGGAGGAGAGGCACGCGCAAAGGGAGGGACAGAGGGACGGAAGGAGAGAGGGGGAGAAAUCCGCGUGCGAGCGCAAGGUGCCGGCCGGAGACAGAGGGCGGAGCGGACACACACACCAGAGGGGCCAGUUCAGGGGCACAGAAGCGACUGACACGAGAGCAGGUGGAACCGUUGGGAAGCGGCACCCUAGGUGCCGGGUCAGCAGGGGGUCUUGUCCCAGGCCCGCCUCUACCCUUGGGCUAUGGAGCUGCCGGGGCUGAAUCGGAGCGCGCCAGAGCUAGAGUCCCAGUGCGGCCCGGGUCCCCUGUCCCCCAACAGCAGUACUAACAGCAGUGCCAAUAGUAGCUGCGAAUCUCCCCGAGGAGGCUCUGGAGCCAGCAGGACCCCCCGAGAGUUGGAGCUGGCAGUGAGGGUGACCCUGUAUGUCGUCAUUUUCCUGCUGAGCGUGGGAGGAAACAUGCUGAUAAUCACAGUGCUGGGACUAAGCCGUCGCCUGCGCACCGUCACCAAUGCCUUCCUGCUCUCACUGGCUGUCAGCGACCUACUCCUGGCUGUGGCCUGUAUGCCCUUCACCCUCCUGCCCAACCUCAUGGGCACCUUCAUCUUCGGCACUGUGGUCUGCAAGGCUGUUGCCUAUCUCAUGGGAGUGUCUGUGAGCGUGUCCACCCUAAGCCUGGUGGCCAUCGCCCUGGAGCGCUACAGCGCCAUCUGCCGGCCUUUGCAGGCACGUGUGUGGCAGACACGCUCCCACGCCGUGCGUGUCAUCGUGGCCACGUGGCUGCUGUCUGGUCUGCUCAUGCUACCCUAUCCCGUGUACUCUGUUGUGAGGCCAGUGAGCCCCCGCGCACUGCAGUGCACGCACAGCUGGCCUAGCAAUCGAGCGCGCCAGGCAUGGUCUGUGUUGCUCCUGCUGUUCCUGUUCUUUGUACCUGGCGUAGUCAUGGCCGUGGCUUACGGUCUCAUCUCCCGAGAACUCUACUUGGGGAUCCGCUUCGAGAGCCAGAGCCAGAGGCACGGGCAUGGGCAGCAGGGCCAGAACGGCAACCACAGACACAGCGGAUUGCCUGGUGGGCCAAGCCCAGCGCUUUCCAAUGGGCCAAGUGCCCGGGCACCUGCAGGCCAGGAGGGUGAUGGCUGCUAUGUGAAUCUACUCUCAGAACAAUCUGGAAUGGAACUCUCAGCGCUGACCCCCACUGCCUCUAGAAGGGACACCCGAGGCCCCGGACCUGGUGUGAGCUCAUGGCCAGCUCAGGCACAGGCUCAGCUGCAGGCCAAGAAGCGGGUAGUACGGAUGCUGCUGGUGAUCGUGGGGCUGUUUUUCCUGUGCUGGCUGCCCUUGUACAGUGCCAACACAUGGCGUGCCUUUGACAGGGAAGGUGCUCAUCGUGCCCUCUCGGGAGCCCCUAUCUCUUUCAUCCAUUUGCUCAGCUAUGUCUCUGCCUGUGUCAAUCCACUUGUCUACUGCUUCAUGCAUCGGCGUUUCCGUCAGGCCUGCAUGGCCACUUGUGCUAGAUGCCGACCCCACCCACCCCGUGCCCGAGUUGCUCGAGCUGGGCCCCGGCUAGGUGAUGACCAUGAACUUGACCAUCCCACUACCUCUCUGUCUCGUCUCAGCUAUACAACUAUCAGCACACUGGGUCCUGGCUGAGGGCAUCCCAACACAUGCAGUCCAUGUCUUGUUUAGGAAGACAUGGAACCAACCCGGAGAUACACUGCCCCUCCUGCCUUGGGAACAAAGGGUCCUUUCUGCCUUGGGGGGAAAUGGGUAUUCUACCAUAGGGAGCCUGAUUCCCCCCACUCCUACCCAGGGUGGCACGGGCACCAUUCCCCUGAGGACCAUAGGAAAUCCUAAUCUGGCACUGAACCCAAACUGUCGACUGGCACUGGGCACACAGGACUAAUAGUCUUCAUAUAGAUACACUUCUAGAAAUCACAUACCCCAAGACAAGAAAGACUUCCCUGGGCAAGGGGUGACAUCACCUGCCAUGACAUAGUCCUAUUUUGGGAGGUUCUAUGGGUAGCACAGGUGACCCCUAACCUACUGGCAACUCCUCUGGACAAGGACCUCACCUGCCCCCGCACUGAAGUUGACAAUCAGCACUGACCCCUGGGUGCACAGGGCAGACCCAGCACCCAUCCUGGGAAUGUGCCCCCAGUCUGCACUGAGCAUCCUGGCCCUGAAUUUAGGCCCUGUAUCUGUUAGAACACAAGUCACUAACUCCCAGCUUACAUUUACUGCAAAGCCCAAGAAGACACAUAAGACACAUGGAUGUCCAGGAAGCUGUAGGAAUAAAAAUAGCCUCUGUUCCUGCCACUCAUGUCCUUAUGGGAUCAGAAGCUACAGGAAGGCUCAUGCCUAGAGUGUGGGGAGAACUUAGCACCAAACAAAGCCCUUGGUGGAAAGGGGCUCAGGAGGGCAGCAACCUCUGACCCCUCUCCUGCCCCCCAUCUCUAGAAUUCCAAACAGGUCUUCUCCUCACGUACUCUAGUCACCUCCCAUGGUGCAUACUGUUACCUCUUCCUCUGUACACCCCAGUCACUAUAUGCAUCCCUUAUCCACAUGAAAGCGUUCAAGCACUUGAAUACAGUGAGCCUGUGCCCACCUUCCUUCCCUCCAAGCCCUUUACAGGCUAAACAUCCCAGGCCUUCAACACUAAUAUGAGCCGUCUUUGUGUGGUAUUUUAAGGUUGACAAAGUGCAUGUUACCUUUAUUCAUUCCUUCAUUUAGUCCUUGAAUGGUAUGGUCUCUAGUCCUCCUCCUGCCACCCUGAUUGCCCUCUUCUGGACAUUAUCCAGGUUGCCAGUUGUGGCCUGAGAGAGGCAGAGUCCAGCAGUGGGACUGUAAUCUCCCUCGCUUUGGAUUUUUGCCCAUUAAGAAGAUGUUAGCUUUUUUGGCUGUCUCUUAAGAACAUGACUGGCAUUCCUCCUUU